GCGUCGCUUAGUUUCGCGUUUCGGUCAAUCCAACGACGAGUUCUACUACUGGUGAUAUCUAUUUGCAAUCGACCAGGUUGAGGUAGGGCCUCAUUUUGGUCGCCAUGAUGGGCCCUGACUACGACGGCGGUCUGUCUGGUGACCGGAUUCAUGGGCAUCCACCGCCGAUGCCCAACGAACAUAGCUACCAGCUCGAUCAUGACCGACCAAAUUUGACACCGAGCCCGUCUUAUCCAAAUGGAGCAUUUCCUCCACCAAGUAUUCCCCCUACUUCGCCAGCUCUCAGCGCGAGAAGCGACCCGAGGCCGAGCGGUGAGCGGGAACGAUCUCGAGGCCGUGGUGGGAGAACGGCAAGUGGUCAUCUUCGUGUGUGCGCUAAGUGCGGCGAGUCUUUAACGGGCCAGUUUGUACGAGCAUUAGAUGGGACGUACCAUCUUGACUGUUUCAAGUGUCGAGACUGUGGCCAGAUCGUGGCAUCCAAAUUCUUCCCUGCCGACGAUGAAGAGACCGGAGGGCAAUACCCGCUGUGUGAGACGGAUUACUUUCGACGGCUCGGCCUUUUGUGUUAUCAAUGUGGUGGUGCUUUGCGUGGGUCCUAUAUCACAGCUCUCGACCGUAAAUACCAUGUCGACCAUUUCACCUGCUCGCUAUGCUCGACCGUAUUUGGAGCUCAAGACAGCUACUACGAACACGACGGAAACGUAUAUUGCCAUUACCAUUAUUCAACGCAAUUCGCCCAACGUUGUAACGGUUGCCAGACUGCCAUACUCAAACAAUUCGUCGAGAUAUUCCGUAAUGGGCAGAAUCAGCACUGGCACCCCGAGUGCUACAUGAUACACAAAUUCUGGAACGUGCGUCUGACGCCGCCCCAAGAGUCGGUAGAGCCUCGUCCGGAGCCUGUUGAUGCAGAGAGCCGUGAUCUAGUUCGGCAAGAAGAAGAAGACAUGGAGAAUAAAGUUUAUCGAAUUUGGAGUGUCUUAUCGACCUUUGAAGAAUCAUCAGCGGCCUGUAUUUCGGACAUGCUUCUUCAUGUAAGCAACGGCGUAUACAUGGACGGGGUUUUCGUCGCCAAAAAGUUUAUCAUCCAUGUGGACAUCCUAUUCCGGUCUGCAGAUAGACUCGACAUCACCAUGAAGAAGUUAGAGAUGAACGAAUUAUCCUAUGCGAGAGAAGCCAAGCUUCUUUGCAAGAAAAUUGUGGCCUUCUUUUCGUUGUUGUCUAAAAUGCAAGACACCGGUUCGCGGAAACUGGGUGUGACCCAGGAACUGUUGUCUCUCGUGACGGGUCUCGCGCAUUACUUGAAGCUCCUGAUUAGAAUUUGCCUUCAGGGGUCUCUUAAAGUCGAAAAGGAACAACGCUCUACAGAGGCACUGUACCAAUUCCUUGAUGAUCUCAGCGUCCUCGAGUCAAUCAAGACCGACAAUGAAUCCCUACAGGUUAGUCUCGGUAUGUCCCGAUUGUCUGCCAACGAUUCGGAUCAUUGCACGCUGUGCCGGAAACCCAUAGAAGAUGAAUGUGCUAUAAGUGGCGAUAAGAGGUGGCAUCUGUUUUGUGUAUCAUGCGUACGGUGCAACAAGGCAUUAGGUAAGAGCUUAGAGCAAGCUCGCCUAUACCGAGACCAUAAUAUCUAUUGCGCAACUUGUGAGACUCCGGUUGAUGGGCGAGGUCAGCCGCUCGAGCGAAUAACGAAGCUUCAGCAGUACAUCUUCCUCCUUAAAGUUGCCUUAGCAAGAUUACUAGAAAUUCUUCGAUCUAGCGGCGCCUUACCCUCAGACGAUCCAAACCUUACUGGAUACGAUUCUGCUGAUGUAGCUGAUGGUGGUGCCGCCAUUGCCGGCUCGGACCCUCGCUCCAAAUCCGCUGCUGGUGGUGAGAGAGAACGCCACCAGAGAGAGUCUUCUUAUGAAAAUACUCUCAAUGAUGUACGCAGACUUAGAAGCACACGUCUUGACAAACAUUUAUCGUCUAGCCUUAGGAAGGCUCGGACUUCGAGGAUCAUGGACGGACCUGAAGGGCGUAGCGUCCGACCUGGAUCUGCUGGUGGGGAAGCUAAUUCUCAAAACAAGGUGAUGCAGAUUGAGGAGGAUCGGGAAAUGGGUGGAGGCGGUACGACGGAGCAAUACUUUGGACACCAGGACGCAUUAACUCUGGACGACAUUCCUCGAAUCGUCGCGGCCGAGCAAGCUAGGGAGCAGCAACCCAGCGCGUAUAGGACCUCGCGCCAGGAGCUGUUCCGAUCAGCAACCGGUGACGCCGCUUACGGUGGCAGCAACGAGAGAAGCCUCUCUACUAGUCGCGAUGCGGACCAGAACAUGCAGGAUGACUCGUUACCUCAAAGACACGGGACGAAGUUCUUCUCCGAACUCUCUGGUCUGGAAUACUUCAUCGUCCGACACGUUGCGGUUCUCACGAUGCAACCUAUGCUGGAACCGGAAUUCACACUCGAAGAGUUGCUCGGCCUCAUCGAGGCAAGAAAAGCGACAUUCUGGAAUAAGUUCGGCAAGGCUUUUGGCAAGAACGAAACUCGCAAAGUCAACAAGAAGAAGGGUAUCUUCGGGGUCCCAUUAGACGUAAUCAUCGAUCGGGACGGUGCUGAUUCUACAGAUGGCGUGGGACCAGGGGCUCUACGUAUACCAGCCAUUAUCGAAGACACAAUCACGGCGUUAAAGAAUAAGGAUCUUUCCGUCGAAGGUGUCUUCCGUAAAAAUGGUAACAUCAAGAAACUCACCGAGCAAGUUGCCGCCGUCGAUCGAGAAGGUUGUGACGCUAUCCGAUGGAACGACGAGACCCCACAUCAACUUGCUGCACUUCUCAAGCGGUACCUUCGCGAACUACCGGAUCCACUCAUGACCCAGAAGCUAUAUAAAGUCUGGAUAGCUGCAACUAAGAUAAAAGACACCGACAAAAGGCGACAUUGUCUACAUUUGACAUGUUGCCUACUCCCACAAAUCCAUCGAGAUACGCUAGAGGUACUAUUCAGUUUCUUAAAAUGGGUGGCUACUUUCCACCAAGUUGAUGAGGAUACUGGAUCGAGGAUGGACGUACACAAUCUUGCUCGUGUCAUUGCUCCGAACGUGCUAUAUACCAACGAGAAGAGCCCGAGUUUCUCGGACGAGCCUAUGACUGCGGUAGCAUGUGUCGAGGAGUUAAUUCAAUUCAACGAAGAAAUGUGCAUGGUUCCUGUUGAACUGAUGGAUAUUUUGAGCGACUCGACUUUGUUCAUGAACAACGGCGAGAUUACCACCAAGGAGAUACUCAAGAAAAUUGAAUCGCGAGCUGUAACCGGUCUCCCCAGACAGUAUGACAGCACCGAGUUUGUUAAGCAGCAUGAGAGCAAGAGACCCCUGGCUACCAGAGUUGCGACGGACCCAGCAGCGUGGCAGCAAGAGAGCAGUGUACGUCCCGUACAAGAGCCAACGAUUCCAUUUACGACACCACAGGGCACACCACCACCAAACCCGAAUUGGCGGAAACCUGAGAACGGGCCAUCGCCUUACCCAGAGCAGUAUGAUAAGCAACCUGAAAAUGGUCAGCGCCGAGAGUGGCGUAAUUCUGGCUGGGGUAGACCCCCUCCAAAUAACUCUGUCACGACCGGCACAGGAUGAUUAUUCGAUCCUCAUCUGGUAUAUAUCUCUCUACUGCAGCAUGCUUCUUCGACUUCUAUGAAGCGGGAGGGAUACCCCCAUCAAUAUUCGCAGGUCUUGAUUUUCUCUAGGACAUAGCAUGAGUCGGUUGUAGCGAGACUAAACAGCAUUUCGGCCGGCGUUGCGCAUCUCUCAAUUUCCCUUAAAUGGACCUUACGACUUUUGAUUCGCUUUUUGACAUCUUCGAGGUGGAUUCACCUGGGCAAGGCGGUCUUCUAGU